ACAUGUUGAUUGAGUAAUAGUAAGGCAUAAAGGAAGUUUAUUUACCUGUAUGAAUGGCUAAAAAGUUCGUGAUUCUAGAGAUUAUUCGAGAUGACCCCGGAAAAUCUGGCUGGGGCUGGCUCAGCUUUGGGCAUUUCCAGCACUUACAUCCAUCAAGCUCAGGAUGCUCAGCGUGAAUGGCAUCGGAGGAUUGCUCAUCUUUUGCAACAGAGAAAGCUGCCCGAAAUCGGCUGGAGCGAUACCGAUAUCGAAACGCUUUUAUUGGAAUUGGCCCGCAUGGAUUCCAAUAAUUUCCCGGGUAAUUGUGGCGUGGGCGAGCGCGAAUCGCGAAUACAUUCCCAAUUAGUUUACCGCCGUCACUUUGGCCUUGGACACGGUAUCGGUCGAUCCGGGGACUUGUGCGAGGUCCAGCCUAAAGCUGCGGGUUCGAGCACGCUUAAUAAGUUGACCAACGCCCUCGUGCUCGAUGUGAUCCGCCAAAUGGGCGUGCGAUCUUGUCAAGACUGCUUUGUGGUGCCCAUGGCCACGGGUAUGGCCUUAACGUUAUGUCUUUUGGCCUUAAGAAAGCUCCGUCCCCACGCCAAAUACGUCCUUUGGUCGCGCAUCGACCAGAAAUCCUGCUUCAAAAGCAUUCUAUGCGCCGGGUUCACACCCGUGAUCAUCGAACUCGUGUCCAAAGGCGACCAGUUGGACACGAAUUUGACGGAAAUUGACCAAACUAUCCUGAAGUUGGGCCCGGAGAGCAUCGCCUGUAUUCUGACCACGACCUCGUGUUUUGCUCCGAGAGCAGCCGAUGAUCUGGUGGGCGUGGCUAAGCUGGCUCAGAGUCAUGAUGUUCCGCAGCUAGUCAAUAAUGCCUAUGGGAUUCAGAGCUCGAAAUGUAUGCAUUUGAUCGAGGAAAUGGGCAAAAUCCAAAGCAAUCACACCACCUUCGUCCAAAGUACGGACAAGAACUUUCUCGUUCCGGUGGGCGGGGCCAUUGUUGCUGGCUUUGACAAAAGCUGGAUCAAGCAGAUCAGUCAAACGUAUCCAGGACGGGCCUCCUCCACCCCAUCGACGGAUUUGUUCAUCACUCUCAUGAGCUUGGGUAUCCAAGGUUACAAGAAACUCGUCCAAGAAAGGAAAUCACUCUUUCAAGAGCUUAGAACCAAAUUACACCAAGUGGCCGAAAAACAUGGUGAACGGCUCUUGGAAACCAAAGGGAAUCCGAUAUCCAUGGCCGUAACCCUAAGCCGAGUUGUGGACCCGGAUGGACAAGGCAAACAAGUCAGUGCGAUAGGAUCUAUGCUUUUUACGCGCGGCGUUUCGGGCACUCGAGUGAUCACGGGAAAAGAUGAAAAAUCAAUCGAAGGACUACAAUUUUCAGCUUGGGGAAGUCAUUGGAAUGGGACUCAAACGCCGUAUUUAACCGCAGCUGCGGCUAUUGGGAUGACCUCCAAAGAUAUCGAUUUGUUCGUGAAGCGAUUGGAUAAGGUCUUGACUCACGUGAUGGCCCCGAAGACACAUGUAGCUAAUAAAGCGUGUUGAACCCUUGUUGUUGGUUAAUAAAUGUUACCCACCAAAAAGAGGAGAGUGUCCGUUUUUUGAAAAUAUAUUUCUCUGGUCAUAAAGUCUUUAAUCUUGAUCACAUUAUGCUUGCAUUAAACCCAAACCUGAUAUAUCUGACCCGAGAACAAGAAAACAACCUCUUCCAAUCACAGAAUUCCAAUCGUACGUCAUUUGUUGUUCCCCGAUUCUUCAGGCUAAAUAAACUCGAGAGAUUAAAACCAAUUUUCUGACGUUGGGUCAUUUCUAGUCAAAGUGCUGCUUGAAUGGGUAAAAGUGCUCUUUUGCGUAUUUGAAUGAAUGCGUCGGUUGCGGAUUUAUGUCACCGGGUUUUUGGGCCACGGCUCCAAGAAGUCUUUCUCAAGAAUAGCGUCAAUGAUAUCAUUCGUGGGUUUCUCGGUGGACCACGUCUUUUCGCGGUUUCGGU